GUCGGGAGCUGCUGCUGCUGACGACGGCGGGAGCGGUGGAGCACCAUGCGAGGAAGGUAGAAGUCCUGCGCUGCGACGGCGCUGACGACGAUGAUGGUAAUGGUGAUGAUGAGGCUACCUCGCGGCCCUACCCGGCCGAGGUGGCGGCGGUGUGUUUGGAUCUAGAUGUAGCGCUGCUGCGGGUGCCCUCACCGGACUUCUGGGGGCAGCAGAGCCGCCACCGCAGGAGGGCUGCUGCUCGGAGACACGGUGGCGGCAGCAGGGGUAGCAGCAGGGGUAGCAAUAGCAGGAGCAGGAUUAAUAGUAGGCCGGGUUUGGUUCCCCUGCAGCUGGAGGGGCGGCUACCGCAGCUGCACUCGCCCAUUAUUGUGGCAGGCUUCCCCCUGGGUGGCGGCAGUCUGUGUGUCACCAGCGGCGUGGUGUCGCGGCUUGAGGUGGUGGAGUACUCACACAGCGGCAGGGGGAUGCUGGCACUGCAGGUUGACGCGCCGCUCAACAACGGCGGCUGGGGCGGCCCCGCGCUGAGCCGCUCCACCGGCCGGGUGGUGGGGCUGGCCUUCCAGAAGUCAGGCAGCCAGACGUGGAUGGAGAGGUAUGAUGACGUGGCAGCCGAGAUGAUGUACGGAGAUGAGGGAAGCGACGAAGACGGAGAUGGCAGCGGCGGUGCGGAUGUGGGUGGAGGACCCAGCGGCGGUUCAGAAGGCAACGGGGAUGGAGAGGAUUACUACGGAGGAGACGAGGCUGACGACGCUGAGAACAUCGGCUACCUGGUUCCCUCGCAGCUGCUGCAGCUGGUGCUGGGGGACUACGCCAGGGCGCGGGGGGCGGCCCUCAGCUGCAGACAGCAGCAGCAGCAGCAGGAAUCCCGCUGCGGCGAGGCCGCAUCCCGCCUCACGAGCAGCUCCGCACCUAUGUACAGCAGCCAAACCGCCGGUGCCGGCAACAGCAGCAGCAGCAGCAGAAGUAAGAGUACCGGUACGAGCACGUUGCCCUCCACAACAACAACAACAACAAGAACAACAUUGUCAACUUCAUCCUCGAGUAGCAGUACGGGUCCGCUGUACCUUGACGGCCGGCCCCGUCUUGGGUUGCGCUAUCAGCGGCUGGAGUCACGUGCGCUACGGCGGUUCCUGGGCAUGACGGGCGCACACUGCGGGGCGAUGGUGGGUGCAGCGGAGCAGCAACAGCAGCAGCAGCAGUUGGAGGAGCAGGAGCGGGGGCCAGCACCUGCAGCGGCUGCCGGCGGGAUGCAGCCCAGGCAGAGGCAUUCAGAGCCAGAGGAGGGGACUGGCGGGAAUACCGGUAACGCAGGAGGCGGCGGCUGUGUGAUGAAGGGUCGUGUGGGCGAGCUUUCCGGGGUGCUGGUGACGGGAGUGGACCCCACCGGCUCGGCAGCGGGGGUGGUGCAGGUGCAUGAUGUGCUGUUGGAGCUGGCUGGGCGGCAGGUAUCGUAUGACGGCAGCACCCUGCUCCGACCCGGGGGUCGCCAGCGGGUGCUGUUCGGGCACUGGGCGGCGGUGGGCCGGGUGGGGGAGCACCUGCCCAUUGCGGUGCUUCGGAACGGGGUCCGACUGGAGCUGAGUGUCAGGCUACGGGACGCGGGUGCGCCCUUCCUGCCGGUGUCCCUGGGCCCUGGCAGGCGGCCGCAGUUCCUGCUGGUGGGGCCGCUGGUCUUCACCGCCUUCUCCCUGCCGUACUGGUACCAGCUGAUGUCCUCUCAGCAGCAGCAGGGACAGGCGCACAGACGCAGCCGGGGUGCCCGGCGGGAGCAGCAGCGGGGGCUGCUGUCGCUGCUGGCGCCUCUGGAGUGGGGCAUGCCCGCACUGGAUGACGGCGAGGAGGUGGUGGUGCUGUCGGAGGUACUGGAGUGCGGCGAUUCAGCGGAGGCGGCAUCGAUUGCGGAGCAGUACGACAAUGCCUCAGCUGCUGCUGCUGCUGCUCUUACCGGCAAUAUCACCGAUACGGCCACUGCCGCGGCCGGGCCUGGGGCCGGGCCCGGGGCUGUGCUUCCCAGCGUGGGAGCGGAGGCGGCGGCAUGGUCUCGGGAGCUGGGCGGGUCGCUGCCUCGGCGGCUGGCUGAGCUGAACGGGCAGCGGGUGCGGAACCUGGAGCAGUUGGCAGCGGUGGUGGUGGCGGCGACGGCACGGCGGGGCCCAGCAGACAUGGGAACUGGGGGUGGCCAGUUCUUGCGGCUGGUUUUGGAGCCCUCGGGGGCGGCUGCUGCUGGCGCCGCGGAGGGCCCUAUGACAGCUGCUGCUGCUGCUGGUGCCCGCAACAGCAGCAGCAACAGCAACAGCAGCAGCAGCGGCAGCAGCAGUGUUGGCCAUGUGUUGGUGUUGGAUGCAGGCAGCCUGGCUGCCCACACACGUGCAGUGCUGCGACAUCACUCCAUGGGGGGCGCCAUGACCGACGACAUGCGCAGGCGCCUGGCCACCAAUUGGCCCUUCGAGGGGCAGCCGCAGCCGCAGGGCAGCUCACGGCAACGGCGGCAGCAGGGCCGCAGGUUUGCCGUGUCGGGUAGACGCUGAUGAAGAGGCAGGGCUGUGAGGAUCGGUAGUUGUGCAGCAAAUUGCUGUGAGGGACGAGUCCGGAGGGGCCGGUCCGGCAGGAGGCCUUAUAUGGCGUAAAGGCACUUGGGCGGAGGAGCUGCGGUUGUUGCGGGGAUGACUCGGAGUGGUGCGGCGGAGGAUCAUGAG